AUGUCGGACGAUCGCGAGGCGGCGUUAGACUCGGUAGUUAAAGUGUUCGCCGUCGCGAGCAGCCCUAACUACUGGCUUCCCUGGCAGAGCAAGCCGCAGCGCGAGGUGACGGGGUCCGGAUUCGUCGUAUCGGGACGGCGCAUCCUCACGAGCGCGCACGUCGUCGCGGACCACACGUUUGUACUCGUUAGAAGGCACGGAUCCCCUAAGAAGUUCCUCGCUACUGUAGAAGCUGUAGCACACGAUUGCGACCUGGCGCUGCUCUCAGUGAAGGACCCCGCGAGCGUGGGCAGCGGGGAGGGGGGGAUCAACGGCGGGGGCAGCGGGGAUGCGCGCGCGGACAGCGAGGAGUUCUGGGAGGGCAUGCGCGCGCUGGAGCUGGGGGACGUGCCGCUUCUGCAGGAGUCGAUCGCCGUGGUGGGAUACCCACAAGCAUCAGCAUCACCAUGGGCGUGGUGCACAGCGCGGCUCACUUUGCUGCCCAUUCAUACUGUUCCCUCGCUCACCUCUCCCUUUCCCACCCACCACACCACCACCCCGUGCCAGGCAGUGACAACAUCAGCAUCACCAUGGGUGUGGUGUCACGGGUGGAGCCAGUACGUGCACAGUGCGGCGCACCUGCUGGCCAUUCAGAUCCACACCUCUCCCUCUUCCUCUCAACACGUUCCACCGUCCCCUAUGUCAGGCGGUGACAACAUCAGCAUCACCAUGGGAGUCGUCUCAAGAGUGGAACCAACUCAAUACGUGCACAGCGCAGCGCACCUGCUGGCCAUUCAGAUCGACGCUGCCAUCAACCCCGGCAACAGCGGUGGCCCCGCCCUCAUCAUGGCCCCUGCCGCCCCUGCCGCCCCUGCCGCCGCCCCUGCUGCCGCCGCACCUCCCGCCCCUGCCGCCCCUGAUGCGGGAGGGGAAGGAGUCGAAGGGGGGAUGGGAGAGGGAGCGGGAGGGGUGGAAGGAGGAUGGGGGAGUGGCGGGGAAGCAGGGGGGGGAGGGAUGGGGAGAGGGGUGUGGGGGGAGGGGGGGGUGAGGGGGAGCAGGGGGGCGGAAGGGGCCCAGCAGUUGGAAUACCGCGUGGCAGGGCUGGCGUUCCAGAACCUGUCAGGAGCGGAAAAUAUCGGCUACAUCGUCCCAGUGCCCAUCAUCCGUCGUUUCCUAGCAGACGCAUCUCUAGGGCACCGCCGCUUCCCGAGCUUUGCCUCGCUAGGCGUGUCGUGCCAGCCGCUUGAGAACUGCCAGGGCUGCUGCGUCAUGCCCUUUCUCGCUCUGCUGCUGCUUCCUCCCCAUCUUCUUUUUCCCCUCCCUUCCCCCCCUCUCCGUCCCUUUUCCUCCUCUCCCUCCCUCCCCUCUCCACCCAGCUACAUCGUCCCAGUGCCCAUCAUCCGUCGUUUCCUAGCAGACGCAUCUCUGGGGCACCGCCGCUUCCCGGGCUUUGCUUCGCUGGGCGUGUCCUGCCAGCCGCUCGAGAACUGGCAGCUGCGGGCGCACCUCAAGAUGCCACGUGGCGCCACGGGAGUGGUCGUGAACGCGGUGCAGCCGCUGAGCGACUCCAGCCGCUGGCUGCGGAAUGAUGAUGUGCUCACGGCGUUUGACGGCGUUCCCAUCGCCAAUGACGGGUCAAAAACUUACCUCUCGCCCCCUCUCCCCAUUCCCCCCACCUCUCCCUCCCCAGUCAUGUUCCGCAAGAGGGAGCGUCUGCCCUUUGACUACCUCGUGUCGCUCAAGCCAGUGGGGGAAACCGCUCGGGUGUCGGUGCUGCGGCACGGGCAGCCCAUGGACUUCCACAUCCGCCUCAACCCGGUAUGUGCUCUUCAUGACUGCUGCCUUGCCUUCAAAAGACAGACAGACAGCGUCUGUCUCUCAGUUUCACAUCUUGCCCGUCUUCCGUCCAUGCUCUGCCAUCCUCCAUCUCUCAACCGCUGCCCACUCCACUCCUACCAGAUCCCAGCACUGGUGCCAGCGCAGCAGUUUGACAUCUCCCCCUCCUACUUCAUCUUCGCGGGCCUGGUGUUUGUGCCGCUGACCCAGCCGUACCUGCACGAGUACGGCCCUGACUGGUUCAACAGCAGCCCCAGACGGCUGUGCGAGCGCGCGCUGAGAGACAUCCCCUCCAAGCCCAGCCAGCAGAUUGUGAUUCUGUCACGGGUGCUGGCCGAUGAGGUCAACUCUGGCUUUGAACGGCUGGCGGAGCUGCAGGUCAAGCGAGUCAACGGCAAGGAGGUGGAGAACUUGAGGCAGCUACGCGACGAAGUGCUACAGUGCACGGACGGCUUCGUCAGAUUUGAUUUGGACGACGACCGCGUGAUUGCUGUCAGCGUAGCUGCUGCCAAGAAGGCAAGCGCUCAGAUCCUGAGGCGCUACCGCGUGCCGUGUGCUUCCUCCUGGGAUCUGCAACAAGGUGAUGCAGAGAAGGGCGAAGCAACGGUUCAAGCAGGGGCGUCUUGA